CCGACAAACAUUUCCUAAUAAGGCUUCCUAGGUAUUAAAACAGCCCACGUUUUCUAAAGGGCAGCCGGGGGAAUUAAAGGGGACCGGUGUUUUUGGCUGGUGCCGCUGAGAAUCUUCGCGAGCAAAGAGCUUGAAAUCCGGCGGGAGUUUCUAACUUGCUUAGCAGCGCAAGAGAGAUCGCGCUCGUAACAUGGGGGAUGUAAAACUGGUAUCUACUCAGAUCUCCAAAGCCACCUUGACUUUGAACCAUUCUUCUCUAAGACCUCCAGCUUCAACAGAAGCACCAGCAUUUAUUCUACCUCCACGGAAUAUUCAGGUGCCAAUUGGAGGCACAGCAAAGUUUGAAGGACAGGUGAGAGGCAACCCAGAACCUCAGAUCACAUGGUACAGAAAUGAGCACCUUGUCACAGGAGAGCGCUAUGUAGCAGAUUGCAGCAUCCGAGGAAUUUUUAGCUUGAUGAUUAAAGAGGUGCGGGAGGAAGAUGGUGGUCUGUAUAUGUGCCAGGCCAGAAAUGCUGGUGGGAUUCGCCAGGUAACUGUGGAAUUGACAGUGGAAGGAAAAGUUUUGAAGAAAUACAACUUGUCCUCCAGUGCCAAAAGUUCUGGGGGUCGACCUUCUGUUCUACCGGUAGAACAACGGCCAAGCAUCUGGGGAGAAUGUCCACCCAAGUUUGCUACAAAACCCAACAGGGUCAUUGUACGAGAAGGACAGACUGGUAAAUUUUCCUGUAAGAUAACAGGGCGACCUCAUCCUCAGGUCACCUGGUUCAAGGAUGAAAUUCAGGUGCAGAAAAAUGAUCGUUUUAACAUGUUUGAGAAAGCAGGCAUCCAGUUUUUGGAAAUCCAAAAUGCUCAGUUGGCUGAUGCUGGAAUUUACGCUUGCACUGUGAUGAAUAACGCUGGGAAGGCUUCUGUGACUGCAGAACUCAUGGUUCAAGGUUCUGUGAAAAGGGAUGUAUAUUCUCAACCGCUUUGCACAUCAGCAAAACCCAUUGCCGCUACAAAAUCCACCAUUAUUACCAAAGCUGUUGAAACCUCAGAGUUCAAAAAGCCCACUAGCAAUGGGAUAGCUAAAGAACUCAAAUCAACUACCACAGAGCUUUUGCUUGAACCCAAAGAAAGGCCAUCUGUGAAGAGGGAGAUUCACCUUGCUUCACCCAAAGAAGCCAGAGAGAAUAAAUUGCAAGAAGUGAAGGAACCCAGCAGAGAGCUACCUAAAGAGGACAGAAAAGGCCAUCAGGUUCUGCAAAAAACAUCAAGCACUAUAACUCUUCGAUCUGUGAAAAUACAGCCUAGACCAAAGGCAGAACUGAAGGCAGUUUCCUCUGAUCAGGAAGUUAAUGGGGAAAAAACAAAGCAAUUACUGGCAGCAGGUUCUUCUACCAAGCCAGAUAAUCUGACCACUGAAGAACUGGAAGAUUGUGUUCAGUUAAAGAAGAGCAUAGCAGAUAGAAAGAUCCAGGGGAUCCCUCCUCAAUUUGAGUGUCGGCCUCAAAGCCAGGAAGCACUAGAAGGAGAAGAGGUUACAUUUAGAUGCAGAGUUUCAGGGAAGCCCAAGGCAAAUGUUGAAUGGUUCAAGGGAGGAGCCCCUCUGGAAACAGGAGACAGCAUCCUGAUAUAUGAAGAAGAUGGGGUCCAUUUUUUAUGCCUGAAAAACAUCCAGCUGGAAGACAGUGGAUUUUACUCUUGCAAAGCUUUCAACCCUGGAGGCCAGGCUUCAACCAGGUGGCUAUUGACUGUAAAAAGACCUAAAGUGAAGGAGGUAGCUCCCCAUUUUCCCCGGGUCUUGAAAUCCUGCCAUGUGAGUGAAGGGCAAGAUUUCACCCUUCGGUGCUCUGUUGAGGGUACACCUGUGCCUCAGAUCACCUGGCUCCUUAACGAUCAACCAAUUCAGUAUGCAUGUUCUGACUUUGAAGAUGGAAUUGCAAAGUUGACUGUUCAAGAUGCUCUACCAGAAGAUGAAGGAGUAUAUACUUGUCUGGCAGAAAAUACUGCAGGAAGAGCCUCCUGCAGUGCUCAGGUUACUGUUAAAGCAGAAAAGAGGAGCAGGAUUAAAUUGGAAAGUGCACAUCCAGUUCCAGCAAACAAAACCUUUCCUCCAGUCCUCCUGAAAGGCCUAAGUGAUCUCAAGGUAAUGGAUGGAAGCCAAGUGAUUAUGACAGUAGAAGUUUCUGCUAAUCCACCUCCUGAAAUAAUUUGGCUUCACAAUGGUAAAGAAAUCCAGGAAACAGAGGAUUUUCACUUUGAGAAGAAGGGCAGUGUCUAUCGCCUGUAUAUCCAGGAGGUAUUUCCUGAGGAUACAGGAGAAUACACCUGUGAGGCCUGGAAUGACUUAGGAGGGAUUCACACUCAAGCAACCCUGACUGUACAAGAACCUCAGGAUGGCGUUCAGCCAUGGUUCAUUAGCAAACCGCAAUCAGUGAGAGCCCAAGUGGGACAGAACGUCAUUGUUUCUUGUGCCAUUGCUGGAGAUCCAUUCCCCACAGUUCACUGGUUCAAAGAUGGACGGGAACUAACAGCAGAAGCAGGCUGUGAAUUCCUACAAAAUGAAGACAUCUUUACAUUGAUUAUAAGGAAUAUUGAGCCCUGUCACACUGGCCAAUAUGAAAUACAACUCAGAAACCCAGUUGGAGAAUGCAGCUGUCAGGUAUCUUUGACGCUGAGAGAAAGUUUAUUUUCCAAAGAAGAAAUACAGAAAGAUGGGAGGCAGAAAGAACGACAAGAGGCUGAUUGUGGGGAUGAUGCACUGAUAGUCAGAAGCAUCAGUGGCUCCUUCAGGCGGAAUACUGGGGAAGCCCAGCAAGUUGAGGAAGAGCAGGAGAGUGUCCGUGGAGUGCUCAAAAGACGAGUAGAAACACGAGAGAGCACAGAGGAGAAGCUUAGGCAACAGGAGGCUGAGCAGAUUGACUUCCGGGACAUUCUGGCAAAGAAAGUUAACACCAAAAGUUUUUCUGAGGAGGAGUUGAAGGAAAUCCCAGCCAAACAAAUGGACUUCCGUGGUACCCUGCAACGGCAGGUCAAGCCGAAAACCUUGUCAGAAGAGGAAAGGAAGGUCCAUGCUCCACAACAGGUAGACUUCCGUGGAGUAUUGGCAAAAAAGGGCACUCCCAAACCUUCCUUACUAGACAAGGAAAAAGCCGUUCCAAAGCCAAGCACCCCAGAUUUUAGAUCUGUGCUUGCUGCAAAGAAAAAAACACCAACUGAGAAUGGUGGCCCUGGGACUCAAGUCCAGAAUGUGAAUGCCAAUGCUGAAGUGCAGAAAUUGAGCACCAGCUCUAAAGUGCCAGACCUCAGCAUCACCUCUAAGAAUCCUGCAAUACCCAAGGAGUUGGACGCUAUCAAUGCCACUUCUAAACUACCAAAGACCAGCACCGUUGCAGAAUCCCAGGAUACCAGUUCUAGAUAUAAAACACAGAAUGCUAGCACCAAGAAUGAAGACCAGGUUACUAACUCCAGCUCUGAAAUGUCACAUGUUAAAUCAGGGGGGAAAGAGGAUGAGAAUGACGGUAAUUGCAAGGGUGGUUGCCUGCCAGCAGUAGAUGGACAGAUAACUGAAAAAAAAGGGGAAGAUAACAAAACAGAGCCUAAAGGAACAGCACCAUCCUUUACAGAAAAGCUACAGGAUACCAAAGUAGUAGAAGGUGAAAAAUUAGUCUUGCAAUGUCAGGUUUCCUCAGAUCCACCUGCUGCGGUCAUCUGGACUCUGGAUGGGAAAGUCAUCAAAUCAUCAAAGUUUAUUGUUCUCUCCCAAGAAGGCUCACGGUGCUCCCUGACCAUUGACAAGGCCUUUCCUGAGGAUGAGGGCCAGUACAAAUGCAUAGCUGAGAAUACUGUAGGAAAGUCAGAAUGCACUUGCAGUGUUUUGGUGGAAGAGUCUGUAAAGUCAACGGGAAGGAAGAGCAAAAAGCCAAAGAGUUCACUGGGUUCUGUGCAUGGAACAGAGAGUGAGGCAACUGUAAAGAAGAAACCAGCUCCAAAGACUCCUCCCAAAGCAGCUCUUCCCCCUCAGAUUGUUCAGUUCCCAGAAGACCAGAAAGUACGGUCUGGUGAAUCAGUAGAACUGUUGUGCAAAGUUUCAGGAACCCUGCCUUUAACAUGUACUUGGAUGAAAUUUCGGAAGCAGCUCCAGGAAAAUGAACACAUCAAAACUGAGAAUGCUGAGAACAGCAGUAAGCUAACCAUCUCCUCCGCAAAGCAGGAACAUUGUGGAUGUUAUACUUUAGUAGUAGAAAACAAGCUGGGUAGUAAGCAAGCCCAAGUUAACCUUACAGUUGUAGAUAAACCUGAUCCUCCAGCAGGAACACCCUGUGCAUCAGACAUCCGGAGUUCUUCCCUCAUCCUUUCAUGGUAUGGCUCCUCGUAUGAUGGUGGGAGUGCAGUGCAGUCCUACAGUGUGGAAGUAUGGGACUCAGUGGACAAGAAAUGGACAGAUCUUACUACUUGCCGCAGCACUUCAUACAAUGUCCAAGAUCUUCUAGCUGACCGGGAGUACAAAUUCAGGGUGCGAGCUGCUAAUGUGUAUGGAAUCAGUGAGCCAAGUCAGGAAUCUGAGCUAGUAAAAGUAGGAGAGAAACAAGAAGGUCCUAAAGAAGAAGAAGCUGAAGGGUCUGAUGAUGAAGAGAAAGAAACAGAAAUUGACUAUCAGGCAGUGACUAUCAAUACAGAACAAAAAGUUUCGGAAUUCUACCAUGUUGAAGAAAGAUUGGGAUCAGGGAAAUUUGGACAAGUCUUCCGGCUUGUUGAGAAAAAAACUGGAAAAGUUUGGGCAGGAAAAUUUUUUAAAGCAUAUUCAGCUAAGGAUAAGGAAAACAUAAGGCAAGAGAUCAGCAUAAUGAACUGUCUACACCAUCCAAAACUUGUCCAAUUGGUAGAUGCUUUUGAAGAGAAAGCUAACAUUGUCAUGGUAUUGGAACUUGUUUCUGGAGGAGAACUCUUCGAAAGAAUCAUUGAUGAGGAUUUUGAACUGACAGAGAGGGAAUGCAUUAAAUACAUGAAACAGAUCUCAGAAGGAGUACAAUUCAUUCAUAAGCAAGGCAUUGUUCAUUUGGACUUAAAACCUGAAAAUAUUAUGUGUGUCAACAAAACUGGUACAAGAAUCAAGCUGAUUGAUUUUGGACUUGCACGAAGAUUAGAAAAUGCAGGUUCUCUGAAGGUCCUCUUUGGAACACCAGAAUUUGUGGCUCCAGAAGUUAUAAAUUAUGAGCCUAUUGGGUAUGCUACUGACAUGUGGAGCAUAGGAGUCAUCUGCUACAUCUUGGUCAGUGGACUUUCCCCUUUCAUGGGUGAUAAUGACAAUGAAACCUUAGCCAAUGUUACCUCAGCCACCUGGGAUUUUGAUGACGAAGGUUUUGAUGAGAUAUCAGAUGACGCUAAAGACUUCAUAAACAACCUUCUAAAGAAAGAUAUGAAGGACCGCUUGGAUUGUACUCAGUGCUUACAGCAUCCAUGGCUGCAAAAAGACACCAAGCACAUGGAAGCCAAAAAACUCUCCAAAGAUAGGAUGAAAAAAUACAUGGCUAGAAGAAAAUGGCAGAAAACAGGGAAUGCUGUUCGUGCCAUAGGGAGGCUGUCUUCUAUGGCAAUGAUUUCUGGCCUAAGUGGACGGAAGUCCUCUUCAAGUUCACCAACCAGCCCUGUUAAUGCAGAGAAGAUUGAAGUUGAAGAUGAAAUGGCCAGCUCUCUUUUAGAAGCAGUUGAUGAAGAAAGGUCUCAUGUGAAGCCCUAUUUCUCUAAAACAAUGCAAGAUAUAGAAGUUGUGGAAGGCAGUGCUGCUAGAUUUGACUGUAAAAUUGAAGGUUACCCUGACCCAGAAGUGAUUUGGUAUAAAGAUGACCAAUCUAUCAAGGAAUCCCGGCACUUCCAGAUAGACUAUGAUGAAGACGGCAACUGCUCUUUGACUAUUUCUGAAGUUUGUGGGGAUGACGAUGCCAAAUACACCUGCAAGGCAAUUAACUCUUUGGGAGAAUCAACUUGUACGGCAGAACUUAUUGUGGAAACAAUGGGGGAAGAGGAAGAGGAGGAAGAAGAAUGAAUCAACUGAAGAGGAGAAAAAUCACUCAGUUGAAGACUCUCUAAUGCUCAUGUAGUGUGACAUUAGGUCAUAGUUUGUUCUUGGUUUGUUUCAUCAGCACCAUGGGCUGACACCUGUUUGUUUUAUUUAUGGGCAUUAACUUGAAUUAGCAAGCACUUUAGGUGGCUGUUGUGCUUGGAUUUAGUUUAAGUUAAAGCAUCAGUUGCAUAGCCCAGAUAACGAAUGUGAACACACCAUAUGAAGCUAAUCUACCAGAAUCAACAAUUUCUUUCUUAAACUUAGGAUCAGGAGAGGGGAACUGGAUAAUUAUACUAAUUGUUUCAUCAAACAGCAUAGCUAGUAAAGAAUGUUUCCUUGGUGUUCUGUGACACCACUGAAGCUUGUAUGAAUCAAGUACGUUUGGAGAACAUGGGGCACUAUCCAGCAGUAACAUUUUACCUGGGAGGGGCCCACUGGAAAUACAAGAGUAACACAGAAAGUUUCCUGAUGGGAUGCACCCUUUUAUGCUAUUAUCCCAACAGCAUUUUUGCAAGUAUUACAAUGUUUACUUUUUGUUUUUUUCCACCAGUUGCCUCUCAGAUAUCCCAUUAAAAGCAUUUUGUGUCUUUAUUAACUUUCCCCUUGAAUGUUAUUUGUGAAUUCAGAUCAGAAAACCUCAAUUUCAGAGUAAGCCAUUACAGUCUUCCCUGAAAUAAAGAAAACUACAAUUUUACAAUUUAAAUCCAGGCAAAAUAGCUUGACAGUUCUGUAGAUUGGAACCUAAAAUGUAAUUACCCUGUUUAGAAACUUAAAGACCUUUUCCCUAUUUUUCUUUGCAGCAGUUGAGCUGAGCGGUGGAUUUUCUUAGUGAGUUGUAUGCUAUUGUGAUCAUCACAGUAACAGGUAAAACAAACAAACAAAAAACACUGCAGGCACAAUUUGCAACCAAGUCAGCUAGCACACUCAGUACUUGGUUUGUUGGCUGAAAUCCUACAUUAACCCUGCUGCGAUGAAAGAUGAAUCCCCUGGCAUUCCUGGCUGCCUCACCAAAAGCUCAUGUGAUACUGAAUGGCUUUUUCCCACAGACAGAAAGAAAUCACAAUUAACGCUGUUUAUCCUGGUGGCAGAUUUCUGCCUGCACCACUACUCUGAAUGCCAAAGGGAAAACGUGUCAACUAUAUUUAUCAGAACAACAUAAAAGGUUGUGGUUUUGAAAUGUAAGCUUGUUGAAAACAAGCAGUAUAUUGUGAAAAGUCAGUGCCUGUGUGAUGCAACUCAGGUUUAUUUGCAUCAUUAUUUUGCUCUUAUUAAAAAAAAAAUAGGUAGAAACUGGACAGAUUACAAGGUUCUCUACAAGUUCCAACAAACCACGAACUGAGUAUUUAUGAGGUAGAUGCCUUACUGGUAAACAUACACAAACACAUAGAGAGAGACACUUAAUGGUGAAAAAACUAUGUAUCUUCCUCCAAAUUGAUUAGCACAUUCAGAUUUUUCCGUGUUGCUUUCCUUUCACAGUUAGCUGCCAUUUAGAGGCCAUGAAACUUUGCACAUGAACACCUAACAGUACCUGUCUACACUUAGUGCAUCGGUCCAACUGUGGGGCUUUUCUCCACUUCCUGUGCAAGAUGCAAACGUUUUGUGUAACUGUUGGCUUCAUUAAAGAACACAGACAACGAAUCUUACAUUGGCUUCUCAAGGCAGAAGAGGAAAAUUAAGUAUGUUUCAAUACAGAUACAUACAGGAUCCUUAGACUGUUUGAUCCCACGAGCCUUACAUGUUCUGUAUUUGCUUGUCUGCCUGUUUGAAUGCAGAUAUUCAAAAUUCCAUUUAUGACAUUUACUCACAAUUGCUGUGGGUUUUUUUAUUACUGCUUUUGCUGUUUCUUAGUUGAGGUUACCAGCAUGUCUUCUUUUUAAGUGGAUGAGGAACCUUUGUUAUAAUAAAACACAGUAAUUGCCAGUUUUCCACACAUUGUUAUAAGGCAAGAGUUUUAAUAUUAUUUAGUGCAUACAAAGCAUUUUCUCACAUGUUUUCAAUGUGUUAAGAAAACAAUGGGGUGUAUUUUUGUAUAUCUUAAUUAAAAAAAUAUGCUAAUGUUUUCUAGUGUCUUAAAAAGGGAAUAUUCGAGAACACUACAGCUGUAGUUACUCACAAUUUCUCAAUAAAUACAUAUCACAAA